GAUAUCUACUAGAUUCUCCAUCGAAAAUUUUUUGUGUAUAUAACUAAGGUAUGCCAUUUCAGCUUAUAUAUGAGAAACUUCCCAAGGAUAUUUCAGAACAUCAUGUCCUGCUUCUAGAUCCUGUUCUUGCUACAGGAAACUCUGCUAACCAAGCUAUUGAACUACUCAUACAGAAAGGGGUUCCAGAAUCGCAUAUCAUAUUCCUUAACCUCAUAUCUGCCCCUGAGGGAAUCCACUGUGUUUGCAAACGAUUCCCGUCUUUGAAGAUUGUGACCUCAGAGAUUGAUGUUGCACUGAAUGAAGAAUUCCGUGUCAUACAUGGAAUGGGCGAGUUUGGUGAUCGUUACUUUGGUACUGAUGAUUGAUCAAACAUAUGGGAUAUGUAGAUCACAAAAUUGUGAUUCACUACGUAAUGGUAUAAUGGUCUCAUAUACCUUGAAUUAGAUUGUUUUGUAGAAACUCAAAAGUGCAACUUUUUCAAUUUUAAGAAAUCCAACAGCAACGAGUUUCUUGGCUUGUAUUGCAA